AGGGCCAAGACGGCCUGCAAUUCCUGCCGGGAGAAAAAGCGCAAGUGCAACGGCCAUCAGCCUUGUAGCAAUUGCGUUAAAUCUGGCCACGACUGCAUCUACGUCCCGAAUCCACGCAAGCGCCGGCGUCUUAAUGCAUUAUCUUCGAAUCCAGAUGACUUGCGCGAAAGCUCAUCUGCCUCUCCACAAGAACUGGCAGCAAUCAAUUCGGGGGUCGUGUUGACGAGAAGUCUUGCUGGGGCAGCGACUGUUUCUUUCCCCGUGCGCCUCUGCUCGUGGAAUCUGGGGAGUCCGAUGCUCAUCCCUAACGACCUAGUUUCUGGAUCGUUUUCCAUCACACUCUUGACGGAUGAAAAUCUCCGUGCUAUGGUGGACACAUACUUCCAGAAUAUACACCCCGUGUAUAAUUUUCUCGAUCCUGAAAUGGUAAACCGUGCCGUUGACUAUGUGACGUCCGAGAAACCCUCUCCAGGGCAUCCCGUGGAAUGUUUACUCUUGAACAUUUGUGCCCUGGCGGCUCUCAUAGUUUGCGGGGAUGACGAACGCCAGGCUUUUGACAGCAGUUCUCGGAUUUCUCUUGAAUAUUCCACUACCCUGGAAUCCCCUACGUUGGAUCACGUAGUGGCAUGGCUGCUCCGCGUUAUUUACCUGCGAAUGACGGGUUUGCCGCACGCAACUUGGCUGGCCAGCUGUACGCUGAUGCAUUUUAUUGAAACAACCAAACUACACAUAGAGCCGUCUGAUCAGACCCAAACCUCCCCCUGCGGUGAUGACUAUGAUCCCGAGCUUAGAAGACGCAUUUAUGGCGUAGCUCGGCUUUUUCACAUGUGGAUCUCGUAUGACUACGGGCGCCCUCCCAUUGAGCUCCGCGGGGCGACAUGUUCCCUCCCCCAAAAUUCAUGGACAUCAGAUGAAAUCGCCGUUUGGCAGAUAUCCAAUAUCCUGAAUCCCGAUAGGCAGUUGGACCCUGCGACGUUGGAGCAGCUGCUCCGCCAGACGGUGGAGCUUCGACUGCCACAUACUGUGCAGCGGUUGAAGCGUUGCAAUAUUGGCUUGUGCAUCUACCGCCGAAUCCGUGUAGCUGGCUGCUCCAUUUCUGAUGGUACAGAGAAUAAAGUUCUGGACUUGGUUGAUGAUGGCUGUGAUCUAGCGGAGGAGCUAGUAUAUGGCGAAUCGCUGCCAUGGUGGCACAUCCUGAAUUUUCCGUUCCAAGCGCUCUGCGUCUUGCUAGCCCUGGAUUCGAAAGAAUCGCUGGUGCGCGUGAAGCGAACUCUCCUUACCCUGCUGCUGUUGGUCCAAACUUAUGAAAAUGACGCCGUGAAGGAGACCUUUGCCAACGCUUGCUCACUGUUUCGUAUCCAUUCUCAGCGGAAAAAGGAUCAU